GACUCCUCCAGAAACCAUCGCCACGGGGUGCGGACAGGCACAAGACGUCGCUGUCAUGUGAGGAAUUCGGAAUUCUGGGUCCAGUGGAGACAGAAAGGGUUUGUUUGCUUUUGAGGGGUGGUAUUUUUACAGGUCGGCCUGUGGACCUGCGCUUCAGGCAAUAGGAACUAUCGAGUGCAGAGAAUCUUGUUCCAGAUAGAGAGAAGAGAGAGGACAGAAAGGCUCUGCCUGGAGGCUUUGUUAAGAUAUUUAGAAGAAAUGCCACUGAGAACUGUUCUUUAACACUGGAGUUCCUCCUUCUCGCCAUCUACCACAAUGCCUAUUUCUGACUUUCUUUUGGCACUCAAAGACAAUCCAUACUUUGGGGCCGGCUUCGGCCUGGUGGGUGUGGGUACAGCACUGGCUCUGGCCCGCAAGGGGGCCCAGUUUGGCAUGGUGGCUUUCAGACGGCAUUGCAUGAUCACUCUGGAGGUACCAAGCAAGGACAAAAGCUACUACUGGCUGCUGAGCUGGAUCUCUCAUCAUGCCAAGCACACCCAGCAUCUGAGCGUGGAGACCUCUUACUUGCAGCAUGAAAGUGGCCGUGUCAGCACCAAGUUUGAAUUUAUCCCCAGUCCAGGGAACCAUUUCAUUUGGUAUCAAAGGAAGUGGAUCCGCAUUGAACGGAAUCGGGAGAAACAAAUGAUUGACUUGCACACAGGCACCCCAUGGGAGUCCGUCACCUUUACAGCAGUAGGCAGCAACCAAGAGAUUUUCUUCAACAUCCUCCAGGAAGCCAAAGAGUUGGCCCUGAGGCAGCAAGAAGGAAAGACGGUCAUGUACACUGCCAUGGGUGCUGAAUGGAGGCCGUUUGGUUUCCCACGGCGCCGGCGCCCACUGACUUCCGUGGUGCUCGAUGAAGGUGUUUCGGAGAGGAUUGUGCAGGAUGUGAAAGAGUUCAUCGGGAACCCCAAGUGGUACAUUGAACGAGGUAUUCCUUAUCGGAGAGGAUACCUGCUAUAUGGGCCCCCAGGUUGUGGGAAGAGUAGCUUCAUCACAGCCUUGGCUGGGGAACUGCAGUACAGCAUCUGUCUUCUCAGCUUGAGUGACCGCAGCCUUUCAGAUGACCGCCUUAACCACCUGUUGAGUGUGGCACCUCAGCAGAGCUUAAUUCUCCUGGAAGACGUGGAUGCUGCCUUCAUCAGCCGAGACCUGGCUGCUGAAAACCCCAAUACAUACCAAGGCAUGGGACGCUUGACCUUUAGUGGCCUUCUCAACGCACUGGAUGGUGUAGCUUCCUCCGAAGCCAGGAUAGUAUUCAUGACCACCAACCAUGUGGACAGGCUGGAUUCAGCUUUGGUUCGUCCUGGCCGAGUAGACCUGAAGCAAUACGUGGGAUACUGUUCACAGUGGCAGCUUGGACGCAUGUUCCAGAGGUUCUACCCAGACCAACCACAAGUUAUGGCCAAGCAGUUUGCUGAAGGAGCCCUGGUGGUCUGUGGACAGAUCAGUGCUGCACAAGUGCAAGGCCAUUUCAUGCAAUACAAGGCAGAUCCAGAGGGAGCCAUUCAAAACAUGCAUGCUGUUGUAUCCUGACCAUGGGCAAGCACUGAGAAAACUAUGCAGGCAACAUUCCUGAGGGGAAGAGUUGUCACAGAGCCAGUUCACACAAAACAUACCAGGCAUGAGUGUAAUGGUGUUUAUUUGCUGACCUCAAUGAGGUCUUCUUUUUGUCAGGGAAAAUAAAAGAGUAAGCCAAACACUUUUCCCAUCCAUCUUCCCAAAAUGGGAAUAUGUGACAGUGUGAAUGCUAGCAGGCUUCUCCCCAACUAGGUACUGUAACAUGGACCCAUCAGUGGAGGUACAUAUUUAUACAAGAUCAGACCGUUUUGGGCACAUCGCCUGUUACGUCAUGCAGCCACAAAAUCUGAAACUAGUGGGGAAAAUGCAUGUAAUUUAAC